AAACAGAAUCUAAUGUGCGACUGUCACAAACUGACCUAUAAUGACGUUUUUAAUAAAUACCAGCUUAAAAUGACUUAACUGCGUUAAAACCUGUUCUUAUUGUGACUUGUUCUUCAGGAAAAUCGUCGUCAGACUAUUCUGAGGCUGCAGUUUCAAGUUCAAGACUGAAGAACCUGAAGAGAAGAUGCCAGCUAGAAACACUUUAAACAGUGAGGUCAGAUACUCCAAACUAGCCAGUGAUGAUGAUGGAUAUAUUGAUCUCCAGUUUAAGAAAAGUCCUCCCAAAGUCCCUUAUAAAGCGAUCGCCCUGGCAACAGUUCUCUUCCUCAUCGGCUCCAUUCUGAUCAUCAUCGGAUCCCUCCUGUUAGCAGGAUACUUUGAAGUUAAUGAUCACCAUGAUCGCAGCAUCCCAGUCCUGAUUAUUGGAAUCCUAGUCUUUCUUCCGGGGUUUUACCACCUGCGCAUCGCCUAUUACGCCUUCAAGGGUUACCGCGGUUAUUCCUAUGAUGACAUCCCUGAUUUUGAUGACUGAGUGGUGAGGAUGGGCUGAUCUGACAGUACUUUGAACCUGGUUUUCCAGAAAUGCACCAUCGCUGAUGUCUGCCACGUCAGAAUGACUUGAAAGACUCAUUUUUUUACAUUUUCAUAGACAAAGAAGGCAAUUUGAAUUCAUUAACUAGUAUGAUUACUUAGGUUUCAUGUAAGGAAAAUAAAUUUAUCAUGAAUUUAAUGCCAUUAUUUGUAAUGCAAACAGAUCUCAGUUCAGUUGUUACAAGUUGUUG